AAUUUAUAUAUUUUUUUGUUAUAAUUUUUAAAUGAAACUACCCUAGGCGUAAGUAUAAAUGUAUAACAGAGUUACGAGCGUAGCUAGUGAACUAGUGAAGGACAUGGGAAAAAAAAAAAAAAAAAAAAGUAGAAGAGUAACGGACAGAAAGCCGGAAAGAAGGAAGAAAAGAAACUGAACUCUGAAAAAUGAAACCCUAACUUUCCUCUUUCCUCUCUCUUCGAAGUUCGAAAAUCCUCUGCCAAUCCGCCGCUCUCGCUCGUCGGCUCCACUCCCGGCACUCCGUCCCUCCGUUAGUCGAGUCGCCGCCGUCGCUGCUUCGUGAUUCACUGCUUCGUCCGUUCGUCUGCUCGUCGCUGGACUCGCUGCUGUCCAUUCGACUUCGCUCGCUUCGCUAAAUCGCUAGACCCAAUUCACGAGUAAAGAGGAUGAAAGCUAACAUUUUACAAUGGCAUGCUGUAGCUUCAUGGACCUGGGAUGCCCAGGACGAAACAUGCGGAAUAUGUAGAAUGGCCUUUGAUGGUUGUUGUCCAGAUUGCAAACUACCUGGUGAUGACUGCCCAUUAAUUUGGGGGCAAUGCAACCAUGCUUUUCAUCUACAUUGCAUCUUGAAGUGGGUGAAUUCACAAACUUCUCAAGCUCAUUGUCCUAUGUGUCGCCGGGAAUGGCAUUUUAAGGACUGAUCAUUUCUUCACCUGCUCUUUCUCAAUUAUCACUAUCUGGUGAAAAAUGGCGUGUUAUUGCAGUGACUAACUGACUAUGGUAUAACUCUUAAUCUAUCUUAUGUGGCGAUAUCUGCUUCAGCUUCAAUCUCGUUUGAUACAAGUGGUUGGUAUCAUAUCCAAUUUUGUGGAACAACUCACAAACUUUGCUUUAGUAAGCUAUUCUAAAACUUCUCUGUAACUUGGUGUAAUGACAUGAUUGAACUUGGUAGAUGAUUGAACUUACAGGUCAUCAUAUUAGUUUGCACAUUUUUUUUUUGUGUUGAUCAUGAUUAAAUUACUUAUAUUUUCAUGAUUCACGAGGAGCCAAGUGGCAUGAUGGAGUGAUGGAAAAUCAAAAUCAAUUAGCCAACAAACCUUAACCAAGUCUCUUUCAAUCCAUGUAGAUGAGGAAUUGUACCUGUAAAUGCUGUGAACAAGUGUACUACUAUGGUCAUAUGAUUGUUUUGGUUUUUUCCUCUCUUUCUGUCUUCUCUGUACAGGGAAGAAUAUGACGUGACAAGCAAUUUUUUGUUGUUAUUUUUGUGACUUGAUGGUGAUGCAUGUUUCUGGUGUAAGUGAGGUUCUUGUUGUAUGAUCCUGAGAUACUACUUACCUGUACUCGUAGCAUCUUCGACUGAUAGAAUUAGUUUGGGUGGGGGUAGAUGGCUGAGAUACUAAAUAAUGCUAGACUCGUCGUGAUCUCCUGGAUGAUAAUAUGUUUAGUUUAGGCUUGAGGAUGAUACCUGAGGUCGAUUCCAUCUACAAUACUUUCAGUCAUAGCUGCCUCAAUUGAAACCUUUAGACAGUUUCAAAAUGAGCAAGGACAUGACCAAUUGCUAUGAUUUGGGAAGGUGACGCGAUUACAGUUAGAGACAAUUAGAUUCGAAGGACUGAUUCAAACUUUGUACUAAGUGUAACUUCAUACUCCUACAAUAUCAUGAUGUUCUAGCAGAUUUAGUGAGGCUACUUCGUUUAAAAUUAUGAGGAUUUUAAGAUUUUUUUUUUUUUUGUUUUUUUUCAAAUGAUCAAAAAUCAAUUUUCAUACAGGUUUCAAUUGGCCAAUUUUUGUGCCAAUAAUUUAAAAAACAAGACUUGACAAACAUAACUAGUAGAUACAUAAAAGUACCAUUUCAUAAUCAGCAAUUUUCGCUUUAAUUACAUCAAGAAAUCCAUGUAGCAAAACAACAGUGAACAAUUUCAUACAUUACAGGAAAAAAAAAAA